UAAAAAUGCCAGUCAGUCGAGUUGGUGUCGGUGACACGUCAAAAAAGGGUAUUUCGGUAUUCGAUAUUCAAAUUCUCCCAGAGGAUAGGGGACAGAAAUUUGGACAAAUGGAAGAAGAGGCCAGUGAACAGAUGCGACCCCUCUUGACAACCGGGAACGAUGAUGAGGCGGUGGUGGACCUGGGGAAGACGAGCUCCACCAUUCACACCAACUUUGAGAAAGAGGAGCUAGAGAGUCACAGAGCGGUCUAUGUGGGUGUCCAUGUUCCUCUGGGCAGAGAGACCAAACGGAGGCACCACCGCCACCGCGGCCACAGACACCACCGCAAGAGGAGAGACCGCUCGGACCGUGAAGAUGGACGAGAGUCUCCUUCCUAUGACACCCCAUCCCAGCGGGUCCAGUUCAUCCUGGGGACAGAGGAUGAUGAUGAAGAGCACAUGCCCCACGACCUGUUCACUGAGCUGGACGAGCUGUUCUUCCGGGACGGACAUGUCUACGAGUGGAGGGAGACAGCCAGGUGGUUGAAGUUUGAGGAAGACGUGGAGGAUGGAGGGGAGCGUUGGAGUAAGCCCUACGUAGCCACGCUGUCUCUACACAGCCUCUUCGAGCUCCGCAGCUGCAUCCUCAACGGCACUGUCAUGUUGGACAUGAGAGCUAACACUAUUGAGGAGAUCGCAGACAUGGUGAUAGACAGCAUGGUGGCGUCAGCUCAGCUGGAGGAGGGGUUGAGGCAGAAGGUGAGGGAGGCCAUGUUGAAGAGACACCACCACCAGAACGAGAAGAAGCUCAGCAACCGCAUCCCUCUGGUGCGCUCCUUCGCUGACAUCGGCAAGAAACAAUCUGACCCACACCUGCUUGAGAGAAACGGCCUCCUGGCGUCCCCCCAAUCAGCUCCUGGGAACCUGGAGAACAGUAAACCGAGUGAGAGCCGCAUCAGUGGAGGAAGCAGAGAGAACAGCACUGUGGACUUCAGCAAGGUGGACAUGAACUUCAUGAAGAAGAUCCCUCCGGGCGCGGAGGCUUCCAACGUGCUGGUGGGAGAGGUGGAAUUCCUGGAGCGACCAAUCAUAGCCUUCAUCAGGCUGUCCCCCGCCGUGCUGCUCACUGGUCUCACUGAGGUGCCCGUACCCACCAGGUUCCUGUUCCUGCUGCUGGGUCCGUUUGGGAAGGGUCCUCAGUACCACGAGAUCGGCCGCUCCAUCGCCACGCUGAUGACAGACGAGGUCUUCCAUGAUGUAGCGUACAAGGCCAAAGACCGGAACGAUCUGCUGUCGGGGAUAGAUGAGUUUCUGGACCAGGUGACCGUCCUACCCCCAGGAGAGUGGGACCCUACGAUACGAAUCGAGCCCCCCAAGAGUGUCCCGUCUCAGGACAAGAGGAAGAUGCCCUCAUUGCCCAACGGCUCUGCCCAUAAUGAGUCCUUCAAGGAAGACCAGCACCAAGCAGGACCAGAGCUACAGAGGACAGGGAGGAUCUUUGGGGGUCUGGUGAUGGAUGUAAGGAGGAAAGCUCCGUUCCUGUGGAGCGAUAUUAGGGAUGCUCUGAGCCUGCAGUGCCUGGCCUCUGUACUGUUCCUCUACUGCGCCUGCAUGUCCCCUGUCAUCACUUUCGGAGGCCUGCUGGGUGAGGCCACCAAGGGAAACAUCAGUGCGAUCGAGUCGUUGUUCGGGGCGUCUCUGACGGGCGUGGCCUUCUCCAUGUUUGCGGGCCAGCCACUCACCAUCCUGGGCAGCACCGGACCAGUCCUGGUCUUUGAGAAGAUCCUCUUCAAAUUCUGCAGUGACUACGACCUGUCCUACCUGUCCUUGAGGACCAGCAUCGGCCUGUGGACGGCCUUUCUGUGCCUCGUCCUGGUUGCCACGGACGCCAGCUCCCUGGUCUGUUACAUCACCCGCUUCACAGAGGAAGCCUUCGCAGCGCUCAUCUGCAUCAUCUUCAUCUACGAGGCCCUGGAGAAGCUGGUUCACCUGGGGGAACUCUACCCCAUCAACAUGAACAACAAGCUGGACAACCUCACCUUCUACAUAUGUCAAUGUUCUCCGCCGGUUAACGCCACGCCUGAGAUCCAGCAGGUCUGGAACCACAGCGGGGUCGCACCAGAAUCCAUAUCUUGGACCCAACUGGAUGUCAAUGAUUGUUCUAGGCUACGUGGGGAGUUUGUUGGGCCAGCUUGUGACCACCAUGGUCCCUACAUCCCUGACGUCCUCUUCUGGUCCGUCAUCCUCUUCUUCACCACCUUCUUCCUCUCCUCCUUCCUCAAGCAGUUCAAGACCAAGCUCUACUUUCCCACCAAGGUACGGUCGACCAUCAGUGACUUUGCAGUCUUCCUGACCAUCAUGAUCAUGGUCCUGGUGGACUACCUGGUGGGCAUUCCCUCCCCCAAACUGAAUGUGCCUGACCGCUUUCAGCCCACGUCUGAGAACCGUGGCUGGCUGAUCUCCCCGCUGGGGACCAACCCCUGGUGGACCAUGCUGGCUGCAGCCAUCCCUGCCCUGCUCUGCACCAUCCUCAUCUUCAUGGACCAACAGAUCACCGCUGUCAUCAUCAACAGGAAGGAGCACAAACUCAAGAAAGGCUGUGGCUACCACCUGGAUCUUCUGGUGGUGUCUGUGAUGCUGGGGGUGUGCUCCAUCAUGGGCCUGCCCUGGUUCGUAGCAGCCACCGUGCUCUCCAUCUCCCACGUCAACAGUCUGAAGCUGGAGUCAGAGUGCUCGGCCCCCGGGGAACAGCCCAAGUUCCUGGGGAUCAGAGAGCAGAGGGUCACCAGCUUCAUGAUCUUCAUCCUCAUGGGCUGCUCUGUCUUCAUGACCUCGGUGCUCAAGUUCAUCCCUAUGCCAGUCCUCUACGGGGUGUUUCUCUACAUGGGUGUGUCCUCACUCAAAGGCAUCCAGUUCUUUGACCGUAUCAAGCUGUUCUGCAUGCCAGCCAAGCACCAGCCGGACCUGAUCUACCUGCGCUACGUUCCCCUGUGGAAGGUCCAUGUGUUCACCCUGGUGCAGCUCACCUGCCUGGUGCUGCUGUGGGUCAUCAAGGCAUCCGCCGCCGCCGUCGUCUUCCCCAUGAUGGUGUUGGCCCUGGUGUUCAUACGGAAGCUGCUGGACCUAUGUUUCACCAACAGGGAGCUGAGCUGGCUGGACGACCUGAUGCCUGAGAGCAAGAAGAAGAAGGAGGACGACAAGAAGAAGAAAGCCAAGGAGGAGGCCCAGCGCAUGCUGGAAGUGGAAGAGGGCAUAGCACACCCCUACGACGGGCCGGGCAUCCUCAAGACCCUCAAAGUCAGUUUGGACCCCUCUAUGGUAAACAUUUCUGAUGAAAUGGCCAAAACCACCAAUUGGAAGUCUGUCUCCAUGAACUCUGACAGUGCCAAAGCUCUGAAACAUAGUGGCAGCCAGGCGAAGGUGUCCUGUGUGAAGAUAAACUUGGAGAAUGACCAGGGGGAGAAGUAUGGGGAUGCUGAGACCUCCUUAUGAAGGAGGGACGGGAGGAGCAGGGAGAGUGCCACGUCAGCCCCUAGCCCACCAGGUGGCGUUGUCCUCCCACACAGCAGGGGGCAGUGUCCUUCAUGGCCCUGUCCAUUGACCUAACAGCUGCUACCAUACCAAUGCCAAGGGGCACACAGACACAACCAGCGCUACUUACCCAUGUUUCUUUAGUUCUAAUUGGGAAAUUGGUAUUUUAAUUUUAUCAUCGUUUUAAGGUGAAAAAACAUUGGCUUUAGAUUCAGGUGUGCCUUUUUUAAGGAACCACUUGGUCUUCUUGGAAUGACUUUAAUCAGGCUUUUUACCAACAUAUCCAUAGUCUCUGUGAUAUGGUGUACAGUCUGUCCUCGUAACACUUACUUCAAGGGCAAUGCAUUAUGGAUGCAUGUAGUGGCCUCUAUCGCCCUUAGUGCAUUAUAUUAGAAGAGUUGCUGUAAGCAUUUCAAACUUGUCAAGACUGUCCCCAGGUGGUUCAUAGGAAGCAGUAGGCCUAACAGCAGUCUAAGCAACCCGGGUGGCUUGACCACAACAACAGCUACUACUCACAGCACGCUAUCUGGCUCACUCUGAACAAUAGACACUUUCUGCUUGAGAAAGCAGGGGAUGCUCAACAAAAGGUCCAAAUACAUUUAGUGUGUGUGUGUGUGUGUGUGUGUGUGUGUGUGUGUGUGUGUGUGUGUGUGUGUGUGUGUGUGUGUGUGUGUGUGUGUGUGUGUGUGUGUGUGUGUGUGUGUGUGUGUGUGUGUGUGUGUGUGUGUGUGUGUACACAAGUGUAAGGAACAUAAGAGCAGCUUAAGAUGGCUUUUCACAAUAUCAGAGUCAUGUGUACGAUGUGCUGUUGAUUCAGAUUAUCAGUCACAGAAGGUUGAAAGGCUGAAGAUGUUCUGUCAAAGUGAACAUGACAGACCACAGCAUAGCCCAUAGUUUGCAGAAUAUUUCUUUAAUUAAUUGGCAAACAUCUCUUACUAAUCUUAAACAAUCCCAAAUUGGAAACGGACUAUAAUAAGAUGAAGUUUCAAAAACAAAAUGUUCUCGAUUGAGCGGUCUUAUUAUUUUGGAGUAAUGGUGAGGGUAUUGCCUGCCUGCCGUGUCCAUGUCCAUACAUACAUAAUGGUGGACUUGAAAGGAAGAAAAUAUGUAUAGAGUAAGUCUAUAGAGGUUUCUAAAAGUGAUGCCUUCUUCAGGGCAGGUUUAAAGCUGUUCAAUAGUGUGACUGUACAUGGCUGUGGUAGCCUGGGUUUAAUCUAGUGUAGUGGAAGCCUUACCAGAGCUGUAGCCUCCCCUUGGUUAUGAUGACGAGGGGAAACCCACUUUUAUCCAUUUAAACGCUUUACAUCCAAUGGAAUAUUUUCUGUUAUGGGGUAUAUAUUUUAGAUUGUCUAUAUAGAUAUAGAUAAUAACAAUUAUUUGUUAUUAUCUAUAUCGUUACAAAAUGUAAUGCACUUAAUUUAUUUUGAAUUGGUCAACAUUGCAGAGUUUGGGAGGGGGCAGGAGGAGGGGCAGGGUCAUUGUUUGUUGCUGGCCGGUAAUUGUUCUUUAUAUCUGUGCACUUUAGAUACGCCUGCCGCACAACGAGAGGGGUGGGCAGGCUAUAUGUACCUUUUUAUAUACAUGUAUCUAUUUAGAUCAGUCUCAGGAACCAAUGGGCUCAAUGAGGCCCUUGUCUCUCUCUCACCUUCUCUCUGUCAGUCUCUCUCACCUUCUCUCUGUCACUCUCUUUCUUUCUCCCUGGCACUCUCUUUCUGUGUCUGUUGUGUCUGUUGUCUCUCUCUCUCUCCCUCUCUCUGUCAGUCUCUCUCUUUCUCCCUGGCACUCUCUUUCUGUGUCUGUUGUGUCUGUUGUCUCUCUCUCUCUCCCUCUCUCUGUCAGUCUCUCUCUUUCUCCCUGGCACUCUCUUUCUGUGUCUGUUGUGUCUGUUGUCUCUCUCUCUCUCCCUCUCUCUGUCAGUCUCUCUCUUUCUCCCUGGCACUCUCUUUCUGUAUCUGUUGUGUCUGUUGUCUCUCUCUCUCUCCCUCUCUCUGUCAGUCUCUCUCUUUCUCCCUGGCACUCUCUUUCUGUAUCUGUUGUCUCUUUCUCGGCCUCUCCCUCUGUGUUGUCUCUCUCUCCCUUUCUCUCUCUGUUAUCUCUCACUUUCACUCUGUUGCUCUCUCGCUCACUGUCAAUCCUGACUCUCUCAUUGUCAAUCCACUAGUGUUGCUAGAAGAUGUUGCUGUGUGUUUCUCUGCCCCUCCCUUUCAGCUGUAAACCCCUUUUUCCUAUUUGACACUGGACAACACUGUGAUAGGUGGGUUUCUCUGUGCUCUUCUUUUAUUGGCUAUUCUGUUGUAGGCUGUUUUGUAAAAAAAAAUAAAAAAAUAAAAAUAGGUCAUUUUGUCCCGUGGAUUUAGUGUUAAUGAAUAGUAAUACUUUUGGUUGAUUAUCCAAUAUGUUUACUGUUACAGGAGUCCUACUGGGAAAGGCAUCAGUCUGCUGUUCAUGGCUCUGUGAUUGAGUUGAAUUCAUCAGUUUGAAUUAUGUGAUUGAGUUAGUUUUAUUUAAAUCUAUAGUAUUAUACAAAUAUGGAAUGAAGGUUAUGAAACAUUGGGUGUAAGUCGUACGGGGGGCAAGAAUUUGUUUUGACAUCAAUAAAGAGGAGACUCCUCAAGUUCAAUAACUGACUGACCGCUUCCAUCUGAACACCUUGAUGAAAACAAAAAGUCAUUUCAAGAAAAAGUGCAUCUGUUUUAACAGCUGUUUUGCCCUCUGGGUCAAUUAUGGGCCCCAUAUGUAUGAAUGUUGGAAAUUGACGUACGUUCUUGUUCCUUCUGACUUUGUGCUUACCAGUGGUGUAAAGUACUGAAGUAAAAAUACUUUUAAAUAUUACUUAAGUCAUUUUUUGGGGUAUCUGUACUUUUCUUUCCUAGUUAUAUUUUUUACAACUUUUACUUCACUACAUUCCUAAAGAAAAUAAGGUACUUUUCACUCCAUACAUUUUCCCUGACACCCAAAAGUACUUGUUACAUUUUGAAUGCUUAGCAGGACAGAAAAGGGUUAAAUUCAUACACUUAUCAAGAGAACAUCCCUACUGCCUCUGAUCUGGCAGACUCACUAAACACAUUCUUAAUUUGUAAAUGAUGUCUGAGUGUUGGAGUGUGCCCUGGCUAUCCGUAAAUUUAAAAAACAAGAAUUGUACCGUCUGGUUUGCUUAAUAUAAGGAAUUUUAAAUUAGUCUUACUUUUGCUUUGAUACGUAAGUAUAUUUUAGCAAUUACAUUUACUUUUGAUACUUAAGUACAUUUUAAAACCAAAAUUUUUACUUACUCAAGUAGUAUUUUACUGGGUGACUUUUACUUGAGUCAUUUUCUAUUAAGGUAACUUUACUUUUACUCAAGUAUGACAUUUGGGUACUUUUUCCCAUCACUGGCGCUGCCUUGGUGUGCAUUAUCUCUUGGUAGUUGAGUACUUAAGCAGGCUGGGACUAGGAAACGUGGUCUACUGGGGAGCUUGUUAAGAGCAGUCCAAGGUGCCUUUUUCUCAGUAUCUUCCCUACGCUGUUCAACAAUAGAACACAGAAUAAAUUGUCAUAGUACUGCUAUGUGAAACUCCGAAACCAGUGACGAUCACUGAGGACAGGCGAUCUUUCAGCACCGUGUGACUAGACAUUUCAGUCCCCUAUAAAGUGGGGGCCUGAAAUGUUGCCAUUAGGUUUGAUAUCAGUGAAGUUUUUAAUGAAUUGUUCUUAAACUGUACAAUGAAUGGUAUCUGUACUAUUCUUAUGAGGUUGGUAUGGCGGGAACCGAGGGAUAACGUAAAUGAACGAUUUGAAUUUUUUUGUAAUGGAAAUGAAGUUGUUGAAGGAAAGCAAUAAAGGUUACUACAUUGUA